UCAGCUGCUCUCUCUCUCUCUCUUUCUCCCUGUUGUUUCCCAUAAUGCCUUUGUAUACCCCAUGUAAACACAUUUACCCUCCCAACGAUCCAUUCUUCCAGGAAGGCAACAUAGCCCUGCGAGCAUAUUGGCUUGAACGUGACGCCAAAAGCGAACGCGAAAUUGCUCUUAUACGACAAGAAGCCAACUCGCUCGCCGAGGACUUCACACGACUUAUCUACUGCGAGCAAAAAACAUGUGUUGAAUUGCAUAAACAACCUAUAGCGUUUUUUACAACUGCAGCCUAUGAAGCGCAUUACGAAACACAUCACAAGCAUGUCUGCUCAGCCUGUCAUAAACGGUUCCCAAGUGCACAUUGGCUACAACUCCACUUGGACGAGUUCCAUAAUGUACUAAUUCAAAUUCAAAAAGAACGUGGUGAUAAAGUGUUCCAGUGCUUUGUAGAAAGUUGCACGAAAAAGUUCAUCUCGCCGAGAAUGCGACAGUUGCAUUUAGUUGACAAGCAUCAGUAUCCAAAGUACUAUCCUUUUGAUCUGGUGGCAACGGGUACACUGUCCUUUGAGGAACGCCAACGACGACAUCGUCCACGUCGGCACCAUUCUCCACAGCAGCAAAAUCAACAAAACAAUCCAGAUGCUAUGGCAGUCGACAAGAAGGAGGAUAAUAGCGAUAAUAAGAAUGAUCACAAUGGAUUGCACGACUACGGCGAUGACAACCACAAUGAAAAGAAACAGCACAAACCGCAUCGUCGGCCGUACAAAUCGUCAUCAUCAUCAUCAUCUCAAAAACAACAACAGCAUCAUCAUAAGCCUAAAAAAGCAGAAAACCCAAUGGAUGUAGAUAGUAAACAGAAAUCGCAACCACGAUUACAAUGGCAAAAACAAGUACAAAAGGAGGAUCAAGGGAAUACAUCUUCAUUGAUGAUGGAUAUCGAUCAGUUGACGAACAAAAUGUCACGGCUCCAAAUUCCUCGAUCCGUUGCCUUUGGUCGUGGUGGGAGACGUGCAUUUUCUACCGGUCAAAGGGUGAAAUCAAAGCAACAAGAACAAUAGGAGGAGGAGGAGGAGGAGGAUCAGCAACAGCACAGCGACAAGAAAAUU